CUUUGCCCCUUGGACGCAGCACAGUUUUAAUCUUUCAACAAGAUUUUUCCACCAGUAACAUUUUACCCGUUUAUUUGACUUGACCAGACAGGCAACCUCUAAAUUAAAAGAAUAGGGCCACUAUAAUGGCAUUCGUGGAGGGCCUGAGUUUAUGUCAACUAGUUUUUGUUCUUAUUUUACUUACAGUUCCUAUUUUUUACCAAAUUUCUAGAGUCUUCAAGUACUAUUUCAAAUUAAUCGUGUACUUUACAAUCUCUAUUUUAAUUGGCCUUGGAGUCUGUAUUUAUUCUUUACCUCGUCCAAGAGAUACACGUAAUCAUUUGUAAGUUAAUCUUUCUCAAAUUGGCAAUGAAUCUUUAAAUAAAUAUAUUACUGGCUAAGAGUGUAAUUUUAUAAUAAAUUAUAAUUAUUUGUAGUAGGCCUAAGCCUAAUCUAAUUGACCAAUUAAAAUUAAUACUAAUUCUAUUAUAAUUAUAAUGAUACUCGAUUUUUUGUUACUUAAUCUUAUAUAUUAUGUAGGCCUAUGCCUAAUCAUGCUUAUAGUCUAUAGUUAUACUAGAUUAUACAAUUAGGUAAAUUCUAAGAACGAAUGCCACUAUUUUAUCGAAUUUCACGAAUGUAUCCCUAAACUAAAUUCUAAAUGUAUCCCUAUGCCUAACCUGAACCCUAAAUCGAUCCCAGAUAUGCCUAACCUGAACCUUAAAUCGAUCCCUCAACCUAACCUAAACCCUCACUGCAACUAUAAUAAACACACAAAAGACACCGUGGCAUCCGUCCUUAAAUUUAGCCUACAAUUAUAUAUACAGUAUCACUAUAACUAUAAGCUAAUAAGUAUAAGACUAAGAAGACUAUUUGUCCAAAAAAGUAUGAGUAAGUAGUAAUAUGUUUACCAAGUUAGAAUAAGAAUCUAACUAAACUAAUUAGAUCUAGGCCUACUCACUCUAGUUACAUAGAUAUAGUUACAUAAUUCAUAGGAAAUAUUGAAUUGGACAAAUAUCACUUACUUAGUAGAGUAGGUUUCUAAAUUAAAUAGUAUUUGAUCAUGGUAGGUUUCUGAAUAGUAUUUGAUCAUGCAAGUUUCUGAAUAGUAUUUGAUCAUGGUAGGUUUCUGAAUAGUAUUUGAUUAUGGUAGGUUUCUUCAUAGUAUUUGAUCAUUGGUAGGUUUCUGAAUACUAUUGAAUACUUGAUAGUAUUUGAUCAUGGUAGAUUUCUGUUUCAUAAUGUUUUAUUCCAAUUUAUCUUAUUGGCAUGGUUUAUUUCAUUUUAGCUUUGUAUCAUGGUGUGUCAGAGUUUUUCUACGGAGAGUGGUGGGAGUAGAGGUGGAGAUACGAAACAGUGAAAUUUUGAAUAAAUAUGAAACAGCAGUUAUCGUGAUCAACCAUCAAAGCUCAAUUGACAUGAUCCGUAAGUUGAUUUGGUACAUUUGUAAUUAAUUACUUAUUUUAACACAGUGGUAUUGUUGCCUGCUUCUUGAACAAGAGAUUCAUAACCACCUAAGUCAUUGGAAGACAGCAGCCAACUUUGCAUGGGAUGCUGAAAAUCAGCUAACAUCCCAAAAUAUAGUUUUACCAGUUAAGUUCAAUUUAAGAAUAUUCAAUAUGUUUAUUUCUUUCAUAUUUUUAAUAUUAUUGUAGACACAUUUAAGCAAAGAUAAAUAAUUUUACAUUAUAUUUGAACAAUGGUGGAAAAAUAUUUAGACAUGAAGGUUGGUUCCCAAACUUAGUUUGAAAAAGGUCAAGAUAUCUCAAAAAGUGUUGAGCUUUGAAUUAUUACAAUAGUUGACUGACAAGUUUAUUUUCUUCUCUUAAGUGAACAUAUGCCAUGAAUAAUUACUUUCAACUCCCAGGGGAACAUAUGCCAUUAAUAUUAAUAUCAACUCUUAACUCUUUCCAUGCCAGGGGGUUUUCCACGUUUGUGCGGACCAGUUUUCGGCCAAUGGAAAUUUUUUAGGAUGCUCUUAUCUAUUAAUUAAUUUUGAAUACAUUUCUUUUAGCAAUAUAACUGUAUUUCAUAUCAAAUUAAAGGAAAUUAGACUGAGAAUAAUAAUAUGUACCAGAUAAAAACAAAUGACAACAAUAGCUUAAAUUUUUCUGGUAAUAUUACGAGUAUGAGAAAUUUUUUUAUUUUUUUUUAAUGUGCAUCAAAUCUGAACUUCCCAGACUACCAUAUGGUCUGUGUAGCUUGUAUCCUAUUCUGCUUCAAUCCUCAGAAAAUAUAUCCAUUUUUGAUCAUAAUGCAUUUUAGAUUUUGAAAAUAUUCCAUUUAGUGACAGAGUUAUACCCAUUUUUGUAAUGUUAGGAGGCGUAGUAUCUGAAUCCUCACUGUGGCCAUAACAACAAAGUGAUUUUGAAAAAAAUGCAUAACUUUUGAACUACUUGAGCUAGAAAGUUGAUCUUGAUGUUUGUAUACUCCAUCUCUAUGCUCUAUACAUCCAUGGUAUCUUUAUAUUUUAAAAUGUUUUGAAAUUUUAUGAAAGUGCCGACAGUGACCACUAUUACUAUCACUAUCACCAUUUUAUUAUUAUUUCCAUUUUGAAUUUACCGUCCCAUCAGAAAGCUGAAAAUCAUCACUGGAAUCAGAUUCAAAUGAUUCAUGGUUAUUGUCUGAUGUUUCAGCAUCAAUAAUUAGCAAUAAAAGCUCUUUUGUUUGCUAACUGGACCAUCUAUGUGGUCUAGCAACAGAUGAUGUGCUUGGAGUAGGCGUGGCCAUUACUUUGUUUACAAAAGGUUCAACACAAAUUGAACUAUUAUUAGAAAAAAACACAUGUAACAAGCCCUGCUUCCAACAGGAAGGAAGUAGGAAGAGUUAUCCUUCGUUUAAGAACAUAAAAAGUCCGAUUAACAGCCACAGGCAACGAAAAAAAAUACAUGAAUUAUUUUGACAACAUGUCGUGGCUUGUCACAAAUGUGACCAGUCAAAUUGACGAUAUACCGGGGCUUGGCAUGGAAAGAGUUAAGGGAACAUAUGCCAUUUAUAAUUACUUUCAACUCCCAGUGGAACACAGGCCAUUAAUAAUAAUUUCAACUCCCAGUGGAAUAUAUGCCAUUAAUAAUUACUUUCAACUCCCAGUGGAAUAUAGGCCAUUAAUAAUUACUUUCAACUCUUAAGGGAACAUAUGCCAUUAAUAGUUACUUUCAACUCCUAAGGGAACAUAUGCCAUUUAUAAUUACUUUCAACUCUUAAGAGAACAUAUGCCAUUAAUAAUUACUUUCAACUCCCAGGGGAACAUAUGCCAUUAGUAAUUACUUUCCAACCUCUCUGGUCUCUUGUUAUCUUCUGUAACUGUCCAAAAUUUGUGACAUCAUCACUGUCCACCUCUCAUGACAAGCUGUUUUUUGGGUCUUCGUCAUCCUCUUGAGGGCUGCGCACAAGUGCUCGACUUGUUAUGCCAACUUUAACCAACUUUAACAAAACAAUUGACAAGUUUAUAUGAGAGUAAAUUUCUUUAACUUUCUGUGAUCAACUGCUUAUUAGGGCCUGUCUCUCAUACUUUAAAUUGUUAACAAAUACUGUAUUGUUUCAAGCAUGGGCUUCUCCUGAUUAAAAUCAGUGCUCUUAACUUUUGUUGAUGUACGGUAACCAAUUGUAAAUAUUUUAAUGUCAUUGAAAUAAAAAGCUCGUUGAUCCACAACAGUUAUUUGAAGGGGGAACUUAAUUAUUUAAAAAAAAAAAAAAUUCAAAUAUAGAGAUUUUAAAUGUUUAAGAGAUUUUUAUGUGUGGGCCUCUUAUCUUUGUACACUCCUCACAAAAAAAAUAACCAUUAUAGAAAUAACUGCAUCAUUUUUAAAAAUAUUUUUUUAUUUGUUUGUUAAAUGAUGCACAGUUAUAUCUGUAAAGGUUUUUCUUUUUGUGUGUGGUGGUUAUAAAGAAUAAUAAAAUAAGAAUAAGUGUGGGCCGCUUAUUUUUGUAACUACCACACACAAAAACAAACCUUUAAAAACUGCAUCAUUUUUUUAAAAACUACAGUAUAUUUUAUUUUUGUGUCGUGACAUGUUUACUCAAUGAAAGAAAAUAAUUAUAUUCCACCGAUUUUCUCCCAGCACUUUUCAUGAUGUGGCCAGAGAAUUGUGUCAGCCUGGCCAAGCGAGAAUUGUUAUGGUACACUGGGCCGUUUGGUUUCGGAACCUGGAUGUGCGGCACGAUUUACGUGGACAGGGUCAACCACCAGAGUGCCCGCAAGACCAUGGAAUCGGCCACAGAUCUCAUUAAGCAUAAAAAGGUAAGGGCUAUGAACAGGUUUCAUAUUGUAAAGUGUUGAACUCUGAUUAAAUUUUGCUCAAAUGAAAAUUAACUAUGUCAUUCACAGGAAAGACUUUUAACUGUUUCAAAUUAGGCUGUGACUAUUCGUACCCGGGUACCAGAAGUGAGAGGUUGGGAUUAAAAAACUUAAUAAAAUUUUUAUUAGUUUUUUAAUCCCAACCUCUCACUUCUGGUACCUGGGUACGAAUAGCCACUUCGUUCAAAUUAUCUGUGUUGUACAUGCAUUGUGGUUAUCCUUUUUGUUAAAAUCAUUAUGUUACUCAAUCUUUCAGGUAUGUUUUAAGGAAUGAAAUUCAACAGAUUUUUUUUUUGUAAUACCCGGUAUCAAAACAUUUAGCUGUACGAUUAUCAACUUAUUUUACUUGACACAGUUGAAAGUGGCCAUCUUCCCAGAAGGAACACGGAACCACAAUGGAUCAAUGUUGCCAUUUAAAAAAGGUGCUUUUCACCUGGCCGUGACUGGACAGGUAAGAUCUAAAAAUAAUUCAAACAGUGAAUAUGUUAAACAUUUUUCAACAGAAUUAAACUAAAUCACAGAUAUAUGAAAGUAUGGCACAUAUUCAUGCAUGUCACUUGCUAUACUAGGGUCACAUUUCUAUUUUGUAUUAGUGGCUCUGUGGACCAAUGGAAGCUGUUGCUGUGUAUGUAAUUAUUAUUACUACAGUGUCUUAUAUUGAGGUACCGCAGCCGAGGGCUGGGCUCACCACACUGCACAUAAAAGUAUUAGCAAACAUAAUCAUGAAAUUAAAAAAUUACAUACAUUAAUCUCAAGAGCAAAUCUCAAGUUGGUGGUCAAGAGUUCAAUUCCAGCCAGAGCCCAGUCAAGCAAAAGCAUCACCAGCACCCUGGGUGGAUGGGACUCGUUAACCUUGGAUGGCAACUCAGCUAAGAGAAGGAAACUCUGAAAUAAAACCCGGAGAUGGAGUCUCGAAAGGCGGAUGACAUCGGUACAAUGAAACAUUCCGACAACUCCUGCGAAGUCACUGGUGCCAAGCUGUAGCAUCCACAUGAUGUUCCCUUGGGUUAUCCAGCAGCCUGGAGAGAAGCGAUUUGCUGUUGGGAAGCAGCUUAUAAUCCUUGAAGAACAAUCCCAGGCCUUGUGGAUUUCAUCCUCCGAAGCACACCAUCAUCACAUUGUGACUGACGGUGGCCAGCAAAAAAAACCCCCCAAAAAACAUACAUUAAUUUAAUUAGAAAACAUCUGUAGAAAAACAAAAUAACAAGAAAUAUAUAUUCACCCCAUCCAUCCCAGGACGUUUUAUAUGUCAAGCCAUGGACGGCAUCAGUAAUUCAACCAGAUGUUACAGUUAUAUAGUUGGCACUGUCUAGUGUUGCCCUGGGGAAGCAAGGCGAGAAGGCUUAACUUUAAACAUCUGGAACAGACUCUUCAAUCUUCAGCCCAUCUUUUGGAUAAGGGAAUCUAUAGUAAAAAAAAACCUCAGCCACCAAGGACAGAAGCCAACACAAAGUGAUCUCUUGACUAUAUGUCUGUACAGUUAACCUCAGCUCAGUGUCACCCAUUCAGCAUUUCUGUCCCAAAGUCAUAGUGGGAUGUCCCACAAAGCUCAUAGUCAACAAACUUUGUAAGUCAUUGGACUUCCUUUGUGCUCAUUGUUCUCCAAUAUGUAGCACGGUUGCUCUAUCAUAUUUGACUGCAAAAUCAAAAGCUAAGUCGAUAAUUUGGCAAAGCGUGCUCUUGAUGAUAACCGAAAUUUUUAUUAUUUCCCUUCAACGUUAGGUGCCAAUUAUCCCAGUGGUGUUUUCUUCCUAUGAAAACUUCUACAGCAAACCAGAAAGGCGUUUUGAUGAAGGUAAAAUUAUAGUCUUAAAACUAUUUCAAAAGGAGGCUUUAUAAUAAUUGUUUGGUUUUUUUUUAACUCGGAAAAGAACACUAGAAUUAGAAUAUGAUAUAAAGAAAAAGCUUUUUUUUACUCAGCUUUAUAUCAUGUUGUGAUUUAUAGCCUUCUCCAAUAAAUAAACGUUAAGCAUAUCAGAGGUAUUUAUUCAAAGGCGGGGUAUACAGGAGUGGGUAAACAGGUUUCAGGGUUGCCAACUCCAAAAAAAAAUAAAUUUUCUGGCCAAUAUUCUAAAUCUGCAAAUUUUUUUUUUUUACAGUCAAACACAAUUAUUAAAUACUGGUAAACUUAUGACGCUGAAUAAAACUAGUUAAAAUAGCUGCACAACUGUUAUGUCUGUGUAUGCCUCGAUGAGUCCACGUCAUUUGAAAAUAAGUUUUGAGCCUAAAUUUUUUAACUUUAUUCUAUAUCUGUUUCAUCAGAGCUGAAUUUCUUAUGAUUACGACCAUACAAGUUAAACAAGUACGAAGAAAUGACAAAAGAUGAGAUGUCUGGUUUUUCUCCCUACAAAAUUCUUUGUAACUUGUCCAAUUUUCUUUUACCGACACCCUAAAGUUUUUUACAUACAUCUAUGACCACGUCAUUUUAGGACGACUUUUUACGGACUGUCCUCAAAGUUAUGAAUGGCUAGAAACCCUGACAGAUGUGCAAAAAGUAUUUGAUGAACACAGUGUAUCACAUCAUUUUGAGUUUGAGUGUCUUACGAUUGUGCCGUUCAGGUAGAGUCAUCGUCCAGGUGCUGCCCGCCAUCCCAACAGUUGGACUCACAUCUGAUGAUGUCACAGCGCUCACAGAGAAAACGAGAGAAACGAUGCUGGAGUGUUUUGAUCGCAUCAGCCAAGAGCUCGUCAAGUAAACACAUCAACAGAACCAAUAAGGUGUUCCACAGAAUGAUGUGGGUCUAAGUUCCACAGAAUGUUGUGGAUUUAAGCUCUACAGAAUAAUGUGGAAUUGAGCUCCACUGAACAAUAUGGAGUGAGAUUCACAAAAUUGUGACUUGUGUUGUGAAUGAUUAAAAGAAAUGAAGAAUGGAUGUGAGCUCUUAUAAGAAGCUGAGAAUGAAAGAUUAUAAUUUAUUUUCUUUAUGAGUAAGGUUAUUUUUUUUUUUUUUUUUUAAAAUAAUUUUGUAAAGGAAGUAAGACACCAGAAAGUCUGUCAUCUACAAACUUCGGUUUCAUGCUAAUCUUAAGGUGUAAUAAGGGGAGAGAUUGCAAUCAGGUUAGUACAAAAUAAAAUGAGUAAAACAAAGUAGGGUUAAACCUGAAGAGUAGGGUUAAUAGGGUUAAUAGGGUUUUUCAGGUUUAACCCUACUCUGUUUUACUCAUUUUAUUUUAAUCUUAAGGUGUAGGUCUGAUUAUUAAAUUGUUUAAAAAAGGAUUGAAGGAAUGUAUUGGGUAAUUUUGAUUGAAUGGAAUGUGAUCACUGGGAAUUUAGAGGGGUGGGGGGUGGGAGGUGUCACUUGGUCAAAUACCUCCAUGGGUGCUCAUUUCCCAUAAGUAUAUAAGUUAGAUGUAUUCAUUGCAGUCAAAUGACUACUGUCAUCAUGCUGCACAUUCUGCAAUUUUUUAACUUGAUCUUCCAUUGUACAUCAUCAUUUAUCUCAGCGGUUCUCAACCUGUGAGUCGCGACUCAUUUAGGGGUCGCAUGACCCUUUUGCAGGGGUUGCCGAAGACUAUCUUAAAACACAUUUGCUCUUCAGUUAUGAAGUAGCAAUGAAAAUAACUUUGUGGAUGGGGGUCGCCAUAACAAGAGGAACUGUAUUAAAGGGUCCCGGCAUUAGGUGAGGUUGAGAAUCACUGAUUUAUCUGGUUUAGAAUAAAAUGAGCAGUCGUUUUUUUUACAUUCUAACUAAUGUGUAAAGUUACCCCGGUGGCCCUGCAAAAUAUGCCAGUUGAUCUGAUGGGGAUUGGGUAACGAGGUAAACUGAGAGCCUAAUGAGUUAAUCUGAUGGGCUUGGAUGCUGGGGUAAUUUGAUUUGAUCCUCUAAUGGGGUAAUCUGAUGGGCUUGGAUGGUGGGGUAAUUUUAUUUGAUCCUCUGGGGUAAUCUGAUGGGCUUGGAUGGUGGGGUAAUUUGAUUUGAUCCUCUAAUGGGGUAAUCUGAUGGGCUUGGAUGGUGGGGUAAUUUUAUUUGAUCCUCUGGGGUAAUCUAAUGGGCUUGGAUGGUGGGGUAAUUUGAUUUUUUGUCUUCUAAUGAAAGGGAAUUGUACUCACACAAAGUGAGUCUUUGAGUCUUGCUUCCCAAUUCUCAGGCCAAAAGUGUUGUCUUUCAAAUCAUCUUUGAUUGAAAUAUAAAAGUCCCAGUCCUGAAAAAUGCACAUUUUUUGUGUGUGCACAUGUGUAAUUUGUUAUGAUUUUAAAAAACUAUGAAAUUUUUAUUAAGCUUUAAUGUGUAAUAAGUGUGAGACAUGUGUAUGUUUAUAUAUCACCAUGGCAACAUUUUGGGGCCAAUGAUGGAAUGUGUUUGGUUGCUAAUAUAAUGACAAAAAUUGUGUGUUUGAUUUAUCCAGCAUGACCAAAACAGUAUUUGUGGCUGUCCAAAAUUGCCAGGUAAUCUUAAGGAAUCUGCUUGUUCUUUACUAUCACUAGGAUGUUUCUGUUUGAUGUUCAGCUUUAAAGCCACUGGACGUUUUGUUUGGCUAAUAUUGGUGUGAGUGAUGUCCCCCCCUUGCCAUGCACAUCUUUAAUUGAACAGUCCUAUCUCAAUGAACGUUUGUAAAUACUGACAAUAUUUUCUUUAUAUCAGUUUAGUGGCUUUGUAUAGUUAUAAAUACUUCAUCUCGCCCAUGAUCCGUAAGACUGCCCAUUCAGUUAUUUUGACCAAUCUGAUCAGGCAGAUUGUCCAUGGCCACUACUAACGGGUCAGAUAAAAUGGCAGACGCUGGCCACUCUCUCACCGGCUGGCAGCACCUGAGAACAUCUGUAACGUGAGUCAGUGUCAGGCUCAUCUAGUUUCAGAGCUCACUGCCAGUGUGGCAACAAAUGGUGUCUGCCUCUGCUGAACAGCCACUGGAACAGAUUUUGUUCUGAAAUGCUUGCUUUCCUUUUGUUAGUUUUAAUAUAUAUUUUUUUUUAAUGCUCGUUCUGCCAGCGAUCAGUGAAUUUUGCUUUCCAUUUAUAACAAAAAUGAAAACACAUACCUGGUACAAAUCAUAUAAUAUAGACCAUGUUGAUUCAUUACAAUUCAUAAUAAUGCUGUAAUUAUGUCAUUUGUGUCUGAACUCUUUGAGCAUGGAGGGUUUUAAAAAAAAAAAAUGUCUUGGACUCAAGCUCUGAGCUGUUUUGAUGAAUGUACCAGUACAUCAGAUUAAAUUUAAAUACCAGUAACUUAACAUUUCUUAAAAGUGAAUACAACAAUGACUGCUCCAUCUAAGGUUAAGUCCAGCAGAUCAUGUAGUCAAUGAAAACAGGGGUUGGAUGAGCUACAGGCUUGCCACACUAGAGCCAAGAGGUAAAUUCAAAGACUAUCUUAUUAUCCCAGUUAAAUGCUAAGAGUAAGAGCCUCACUUUGACGUAGCUCUAUAUUUGCCUGUGCAUGCACACCAAAUAAUUGAGAACUACGGCAAUGUAAGCAGGUUUUCUGUAUAUCAAAAAUUUUAUUUUCCGACGACAUUGUUGCAUUUUUUCAAAAUAAUAUUUAUGUUAACACAACCGGUCUUCUAUUUUUUGUGAUAGACAUAAAUAUGGCUGCCAUGUCACGUCUGCCGUGUCAUUUCAUGUAAUCCCCCAAUUUAAGACAUCCUUUUGGUUGUGAUCCUUCGUCAAAUUGAGAUUUUAACCCACAAAACAUUACUUCAUAAAGAGAUUUCUUUAGUAAACUUUAAUUUUAAUUAAUGAAGAUAUUUUUAUUUUUAAAUUUUAUCUUUAUUUGGGCUUAACUGCAAGAGACAGUUUAGCUGUCACAAAAUAUUUUUUUUUUUGAGAAUCAGAAAUGUUUUCUAUUGAAAUACAAUUUUUACCGACCAUUUCUUAGUGUCAGGCACACUAAUGUCAUAUUAAGCUAUGCAAAUAUUCAACAAAUAUCAUGACGAAAGCUUUAACAUUGGACCUACUCCAAGCCAUAAUGGAACCAGAUGUUGAGUUCGGUUCAACUACUUAAUUCAAUUUUAUUUUUUAUUUUCACUAAUGGCUACUUUUAUGGCUACUCAUAAUUUGAAUCUAUUAAUCCAUGCUCCAUUAAAAAUGAAGAAAGUCAUAUAGUUGUACCAUGUGGACAAAAAAUGUCAUAGAGUUGUACCAUGUGGACAAAGAAAGUCAUAGAGUUGUACCAUGUGGACAAAGAAAGUCAAAGAAUUGAACUGUGCAGACACUUAAAAAAAUUAUUAUUUUUUUGUCCAUCAACUAUUGCAUAACUUGUUAUGACCAGCAGGUUUCAAUCCGUGUGCUACAACACAUGUGAUCACAGGUGUGUUGUAAAUUUUUGAAACAGCGUAACAAAACUUGAUAAGAUAAGAUUCUUUCAUUGAUCCAAAUAAAUGGAAAUGUCUUCGUAUUAUGUUGUACAUAUUCACUUUCGUCACAUAAAUAAAUACCUUUUUUAACCUAGACAACAUUUUACGAUUAAAACAAUACAAACACAAGACAUCUUAAGUAUUUCUCUAGCUUAAGAAUCAGCCAUAUACCCUACAGCUUAACUCCUUUAUAAUUCACUUAAUUAGUUAUCAUUUAUAUUUGGGGGGAGCAUGCUGGUAAAUUCGUAAAGAUUGGAAACAAUAGAAUUUUUAUAACUUUCGAUCCUAACUUUAAGGGACA